CAAACAUAGAAGUUUCCUUCUUUCUAUAUACCUCCGCCCUGUUACCAUUUUCUAUUAGAUUUUUCACUGCUUUUUUUUUAUUAUUUUUUUUUUUUACUGACCAAUGCUCAUUGGUGAUUUAAAAUUGAGGCUAUUUGUGUUACUUUACCGGUGUCGGACAGUCGUUGAAUUUGUAUUUUUCUUGCAAUCUGAAAUGCUUGCAAAAUCGCCUUCAAAAAAUCCUCCCCUCGCUAGACAAGUCAGAUGGUUUGAACGCAGAGGCCUUGUGUUAUCUUGUGCCUUUCUUUGUGUGUACACGCCGACAGGACUCUCGUCCUCUCUGUAUACAUACACACACACACACACACAUACGUACGGACGCUGUAAGACACAUGCAAGCAAAAGGUCUGUUGUCAUUCUCUUUUCAAAAGAAGAAAACGAGUUCCUUCCUGCUCAAUAUUAUUUUUAUUGUCUAGUUAAGUUUUACGUUUUUUGGUCAAGCUUUUCUUUUAUUUCCCUUUGAAAAAUAGAAACGAAGGAGAACGAAAAGAAAAAGAAUGAAAUCAUCCAGCCUAAUCACAACAUAGUGGUGUUCAUUAAUUUUACAGCUAAGGUUAUGGAGCCGCCGCUACCGCUACUGCUGCCGGACUGCUGCCGCCGCCGACAUACACACGGCCGUCGUCGGGCGUUGUUCAAACCACAGAAAUCGCUAAAAAAUUCCUUUAUGAGCUCGUUAAAACAUAAAAUAAGCGCUUUAAUGUGUCGUAUAAGCAGAGCCCGUCAGGAGGUGGUGGUAGCGGUAGGGAGUGAGAGAAGGUCAGAAGAAGAAACCAGCAGCAGCAGUUUGUGCUUUUCUCCUUUUUUUCCUCUCUUUUUCUAGCCUCUGGAAGUCGGCGCCUGAAUUUUAUUUUAUUUUUUUCAAAUUUUUUAUUACAGGGUUCUUCUUGGAUGUGUGUGUCUGCCUGUGUGUGUGUAUGUACGUGCGUUUGUGUUUGUUUAGUUUCGCGGAUGCGCUUCAAUGAGGGAACAGGGAAGAGGAAAAACAAGGCGCGCUUAUACACAAAAACGAAGAGAAGAAAAACUUUUUUCUCCCCUUUUUUUUUGCGGCUCCCCUCCAUCUUUCCUUCUGAAAGAAAAAAAAAGGGAGAAAGGAGGCAGUUGGAUACAUUUGGUCGGUGAGCGCUAACGAAGCGUCCACGGCCCACCCACCCCAUCGUCACACAAGACCAAGAAAGAAAAAUCCAUCCGCACCAGGCGCAAGUUGAUGUCCAUUCAAUGUCGUUAGUGGACGUCAAAAGUCAAGAGUGUCGUCGAAAACGAAACAAAAAUUUAGUGUUAAUAUGCCAUAACUGCCGGAUCUGGUUGGCAUUGACUGUGUGUCGACCUGCAAAAGGAGAGAUAUCGCCGUUCAAGGAGACAGAAGACAGGCGCGCGCAACAAUUCGGUGUGUGCGCCGCUCAAUGAUCAACAGCCCAGCGCCCGGACUUCAAAACGGCAGCCAAGGCCCAUCCAGCGCUUCUCUCGUCGAUUCCGGCCUCAUCGCCGUGGAAUCAUGUCCUUGAGCCGCACUGUCGGCCGAGGACGACGAUGAACGGUUCGAUCUACGACGACAGUCCGGUGGUGGGGUCGGCUGGUGAUCAACACCGACGAUCAGCAAUAGCGUCAGGAGUAGCAUCUCAACAACAACAGCAACAGCAGCAACAACAGCAACAACAACAACAGUCAUCAGCGGGAGGUUCAGCAAGUUCGUCAACGAACGGCAACAACGCAAGAGGGGAGCAAUCAUCGGGCCAGCAAGAAGAUUCAAACAACCAAAAUCAUCAAUUGUCACCUUCAGCCGGUGGAGGUAGUUCGAGCGGAAGUUCAGGUCCGCUGCACAUUCCGGCUAAAAGACUGGCGGUCGGUCAGACAACGGCCGGUCCCGGAGCCUCAUCCUAUCCGGGACACCACACCCAUCAUCACGUGACGCAUUCACACCACGACCCUAACGGCGGGGGAGUCGGCGGAGGUGGAGGAGGUAUCAACGGCGACACUAGUGGCGCUAGUAGUCUACUCAGAGCACAGCCUUGGCCGUACAGCGUUGGGGACGUGCAAGGCCAUUCUGCCGGAUCGUUUGAUCCUCAGUCGUACAGUCCCAGUUCGUUGGUACGAGACGGAAUGGCAGCCGCAGCUGCAGCCGCCUAUUACGGGGCUGACCGGGCGAAAGCGGCCCUCAGUUUUUGGCCGAGCGAUUACGGCAAAUACGGAGCGGCAGCAGCAGCCGCUGCCGCCGGCCAGGGACCUUCAGCUGGCCUUCCCACUUCAGCCGAAGCGGCUGCUGCCAACGCCCAGUUCAACGCCCAAGCCGCUUGGUGCGGUUACGCCGGAUACGGGGGUCGUGUUCCCGAGCCACACGGACACCCUGGACUCGGUCCGACUCCUGGACAGCCAGGCAUGGGUGUUCCAGUCUCUGUUGCUGGAUACCUUGCCGCUGAAGCCCAUGAAGCUCGUCGCGGCGCCAUGGACGCCGCUGCAGCCGCAGCUUGCGGCUUCACCCACGACAGCUACGCCGGACUACGAGGCUACGGUCCCGGUCCUGACGGCAUGCCGCCAAGCGUCUACGGUCCUGGUUCUUUAGGACCGAAUCCGCUGGAGUGGACCGGCCAAGUGACGGUGCGCAAGAAGCGGAAACCUUACUCCAAAUUCCAGACAUUGGAACUGGAGAAAGAGUUCCUGUUCAACGCCUACGUUUCGAAGCAGAAACGCUGGGAGCUGGCGCGCAAUCUCAACCUGACGGAGCGUCAAGUCAAGAUCUGGUUCCAGAACCGGCGGAUGAAGAACAAGAAAAACAGCCAGAGGCAACAGGCCGGUGGCAAUAGCAGCAACAACAGCGGCGGAGGCAAUGCUAACGCCAAUGCCCAUCACAACAGCAGCCACCAUCACCAUCAUCAUCAUCACGGCCCGCCUGACGGACAUCAUCACCAUCACGCCGGACCGAUCGGACCGGUCGUUCACAAUGGCGUUCACAAUAUUUGUUCGGCCAAGUGACGCCAUCCUUCCGCAGCGGCAGACAACAACCAAUUCCUCCUCUUGUGAAAACAAUUGCGAAAGGUCUAGAGUUGCAACACUUUCAGGCCUGGAACAUUCAAAAAUGAAAGGGGAAGGUGGGAUCUGUAGGAAUAUGUCAGGUCCGUAGUGUUUUAAGAAGACAACAAAAAAAACAAAGGAACGAAACAUUGGUUUUUGUUGUUAUCUCCGAAUUAUUAUUAAAACAUACUUUUUAUAGGCGCUACCUCGUUCUAGAAACUCUUUUUCUUCCUUAAAUUUUUUUUUUUUUGCCAUCCGCUAAAAUUCUGAUAACAAACACGCAAAAAAAAAAUCUCGUUUCUUUUGUUUUUGAUUUUUCUCUUAUUUUUUUUUUUAUCGUGUUUGUUUUUCAACACUUUUGUUUCUCAAAUUGUCGCUGGUUAUUGUAAGCGUAUCUUUUUUUAAAAUCUCUAUAUUCAUUUUUUUUUUCUUCUUCUAAACAUGAUUACUAUACUACCAAGAAUCAUAUUCUCCCCCCCUCCUCCCGUCUUCAGUUCUCUCAAAGAUUUAAAAUAAAAAAUUAUAAUAAUAAUAAGAGAGAGAUGAUGAUAAUGAGUGUAUGUAUACACCUCAGGUAGUGUUCCUAUAGGUAGCUAAAAGCCCAAGAAUGUUAUUCUCCCCCUCAUUUUUUUAAAUUUUUAAAUCCAACCCCCAUAUUUUUGAUUUCUUCUAUUUGACUCGUUACCCUCCUAUACUUUUUACACUAUUGCGACAUUUAUCGUUCUUUUUUUUUUUUGUUGUUGUUGUAGAGAGGUGGGGAGGGCAUCUUUUUAUUAUUUACCUUUUUACCUGAUACAAAAAAUGAAUAUCCCCCUGGUGGCAUUAUUGCGUGUGUCGCCAUUUUGCGUUUCGUGUUUUGUGUCCGUUUGUGUAAGUCUGCUAAACUCUAUUGCCGUUUCACAGUUUGUUUUGCGUGCGCCACGGUUGACCUAACCUGUAGAACGCGAGACUAUUUAAAUAUUAAGCCAUCCUCUCAAUCGUUUCUUCUUUUCACCGGUCAACUCAUUUUUUUUUUUAAACCUCCCCAAUGACAAUCCCAAAGAUGGAGGAGAUAAUCACAAUCCCAGUGGAAAGUUUUUUUUUUUUUUUUUUUAAGUUAAUCAUUUCCCCCAUUUUUCAUCGCUACCCAGACAAACUCAUACAGGCCCAAAAGGUGGGGAUACAAAAAACGCACGUGCGGUGAAAACAGAAAACAAAAAUCCGAAUUAUUUUUUUGAUAUUAUUUUUUUUUUUUGUGAUUGACACAAUAGUUUUUUCGUUUUUCUAUACUUCCGGGGGAUGGGUAAGAUAUUUUCUCACGGUUAAUGAUUUUUUUUUGUUUUGUUAAGAUGCUCAAAAGAAAAAGAAAUAAAAAAAAAAAGAAAAAUUCGGGGGAGGAAAUGGUGAGGGGUUACAAACACCACACGAUUUCCAUAUCGGCAAUUGUUUUCUUCUUUGACCUUGUUUUUUUUUUUGUUCUCGUUUUCUUUGCUUGAAGUUUGUGUGUCUCAUUUUUUUUAAUAUUUGGUGUUCCCUUUUAAAAACGUGGAAAUUCACUCAAAACUUAUUGAUUCGGUUCUCUUGUGUACCGGUGAAGAGGAAUCUCCAAUUCUUUCUUUGAACUUAUUCAAAAAAACAAAACAUUUUUCUUAACAACCUGAAAAUCUACGCGUGUCUGCUAUGUUGGCGUGUAUUAGUUAUACUUGAAUGUGUGUACAUCAAAUGAAUGUAAAACUUAUCAUUUUUGUUUCGUUGGUGUUGUUUUUUUUUGUUUUUUUUUUACGAGUUGAAGGAGAGACAGACAUUCGCCAAAGAUAAUUUGUAGACAAGAAAAACAAGAGAAAGAAAAAAGGAAAAACACUUUCUCCCAAAAAUGCAAAAACACAUUUUUACAGAGUUGGUGUUUUGUAAUUAUUGGUGGAAACUAAAAUUGUAAACCAAAAGGCAAAAGGAGAGGAAGAUUUGAAACGAAUUGAGGAAGACAAAAUUGCCCAGUGUUUCUCUCAAACAUUUUUUUUUGUUUUAAAUGAUGUGUUUUGUCGGUAAAAACUCUCGGUGAUGACGAUAACUAUUAGACAAAAAUUCUCCUCUUGUAUUUCUCUAUUUGCUCGUUUUCUCGGAGCAAAGAAGAAGAAGUUUUCAAAAGAAAAAAAAAAAUCAAUUAUUAUAAUGUCACUCUGAAACUGAUGAAAAACAAAUGUUAUGUCUCGUUGUUUAAUUUGCAUUUUUUUGUUCACUCUUUCUUGACACAAAUCGUUUCUCUUUCAUCUAUCAUGUAAUCAAUUAGCUCUCUCCUACCUUCAUCUAUUAUUAAAUAAUUAAGUAAUUAAUUAUUAAUAUUAUUAUUAUGACCGGAUAUUGAUUGUCACGUCGUUGCUAUGAGAAAAAACGAAAAUGUGUGUCUCUAAUUUUUAUUUGAAAAAAAAAAAAAACAUUUUUGUCUGUUCACAUAUACACCUUCCCACACGAUUUUUUACGUUCUUCUUUUGUUAAUCUUUUUUUUUACCCUCUGGCUUUUGGAUCGUGUGUUGUAUCUUUGCGAUGUUUGUUUGUUCCUUUCGUUUGAAAUUAAAAUUGAUUCAAAGAAAA